UUAACCAAGUACCGAUAACCUUUACACCAAACAAUCUUGGUCCACUGAUGAUUCUCUGUCAGGCAACGGACAGUGGACAGUUAUAAUGUUUAAAAUAAUAUUAUUAGUUUUUUCCUUCAAUCCUGUGUUUGGAUAUUUUACGAUACCUGGAAGAUGCCCUGAUAAUGUUGAUUUGCAAGAACAUUUCAGAUUGGCUGAUUUUUACGGCAAAUGGUACCAAGCCUAUCACUAUUCAAGCGAUGGUCAACAGCUUAACAACUGUUCCACAAUUGAGCUCAUGACAAGACCUUCAGGAAUUUAUGUCAACCAGUCCAGGGUAGACCUCGGCCUUUUCCACCGUUUCAACAUUGGAAAGUUGGACAUACCUUCUAAGAUUGAAGAUGCAUCGAAGUUAGAUCUAAUUUUUGUAUUUAAGAAUGCUCCAAGACGAUUGAAGACAAGAAAAUAUCCAUUUCGUAUUAUGGCAACUAAUUAUAAUUACUACGCCACCGUGUACACCUGCCAAUACAGUCAGCUGAUUGACAAACAUGCUAUUUACGUCUGGAUACUUUCAAGGAAUCCUACUUUAAAUGCUGUAUCUAAAGAGUUAGCCAUUAAACCUCUUCAGCAAAUUGGAGUCGACACAGCCACGUUAGUUAAAGAUGACCGAAGCCAAUGCACUCCCAAGUACUAUGAGGAUGUUCACGUGGAACCUACAACAUUUAGGUUUCCUGUGCCCAUCUAAGGCUUAAUAGAAUUUGUAUAUGUUUUGAAAAUUUUAAUGUGACUUUAUAUAUUUUAUAAUCUGUAUGCCUUAAAUAAAUUGAAAUUAAACCAUCAAGAGAUAAUUAAAAAUGGUAAUAUUUCCUGUU